GAUGAGGAAAUGUAAUGCAUUGUUACUACUGUUUUCCAUAAUUCUGAUAAUAAAUCAGAUUAGGGCAGAAACUGACAAGAAUAAAUCUAAUAAAUUCAUUAGAGCAAAAGGAGUACAAUUUAUACUAAAUGGAAAACCAUUUUAUGCAAAUGGGUUCAAUGCCUAUUGGUUAAUGUACAUCGGCACCGACCCAUCUGAAAGAUACAAAGUCACCACCGCCUUUUCCGACGCCGGAAAACAUGGUCUCUCCAUUGCCAGAACUAUGGCUUUCAACGACGGCGCCGGAAACAGAACCCUUCAGAGCUCUCCUGGUAUUUACAAUGAACCUGUUUUUCAGGGGUUGGAUUUUGCUGUAUCUGAAGCUAAAGAAUAUGGGUUGAAGGUUAUAAUGUGUUUGGUUAAUAAUUUUGAUUCUUUUGGAGGGAAAAAACAAUAUGUUGAAUGGGGCAGGAGUAAAGGGGAGAAGAUUGAAUCUGAUGAUGGUUUCUAUACUAAUGUUGUUGUCAAGGAGAUGUAUAAGAAUCAUGUCAAGACGGUGGUGAAUAGACUAAACACGAUCACGGGAGUUAUUUAUAAAGAUGAUCCCACCAUAAUGUCGUGGGAACUUAUUAACGAGCCACGAUGUCCCUCUGAUCCAUCUGGAGCUACCAUUCAGUCAUGGAUUAAAGAAAUGGCGGCAUAUGUGAAAUCCUUAGACAAAAAUCAUAUGGUAGAUAUUGGCAUGGAAGGCUUCUAUGGACCCUCACAUGCUGAAAGGCAACAAAAUAACCCUAAUUUUCUAGUUGGAACCGAUUUCAUCGACAAUAAUCAGAUUGUCGACAUUGAUUUCUCUACGGUUCAUACAUACCCCGAUGGCUGGUAUAAGGACGUUGGCGAAGAAAAAGAAGUCGCGGUUCUAAAUGAUUGGAUCAACAGUCAUCUCCAAGAUGCAGAAAACAUAAUAAAAAAACCUCUCCUAUUUGCGGAAUUUGGAAAAAACAACAAGGACAUGGGUUACAACAUAGGUCAAAGAGACAGAAUGUUCGAAACAAUUUACUCGACGAUUUAUUCGUCUGCGGGCAAAGGAGGAGCUGCGUCGGGCGCUAUAUUCUGGCAUUUAUUGACAACCGGGAUGGACUAUUUACGAGAUGGGUAUGAAAUAAUCCUAAGUGAGACAACUUCAACAAAUAUCUUAAUAGCUGAGGAGUCUAAUAAACUAAAUAACAUUACACAUAUGCAUACCCUCCAUUGA